AUGAAGGACACCUUAACCGAUGCGAAUUUUCCCCGCACAGCGGAUGGGCGAGUCUAUCAUCUCGGUGUGAGGCCAGGAGAGGUGGCAAAUCGUAUCGUAACGGUCGGAACGCCGUCGAGGGCAAACACCAUCGCGUCGCAUCUGGACGAGAAGCCGAAACCGUUCGUGCUCACGUCCGAGAGAGGCUUCAUGACCAUCACCGGUCUCUUCAAGGGCACCCCCGUCUCCAUCGUCAGCAUCGGAAUGGGCAGCCCAAACAUGGACUUCUUCGUUCGUGAAAUCAGAGAGUCCGUCGCUGGCGACUUGGCUAUCAUACGGCUGGGAUCAUGUGGCGCGCUGGUUGACGUGCCCGUGUCAACCGUCGUCGUCCCAAAAGCCUGCGUCGCCGUGUCUCGAAACGUCGAUUUCGACUUUGUUAAUCCCCAGAGCUCCAGCGAACCUGCAUACAGGAUUAGUAAACCCGUAUCGGCUGAUCCAGAAUUGACGGAGCAGGUUCUCAAGGCUCUCGAGGCCGUCCAUCCGCCAACUUCCAAGGCGGGCAUCCUUGCGGGGACAGUGAAUGCUUCGGCUGAUAGUUUCUACUCGUCUCAAGGGAGACAGACCUCGUUUCCAGAUCACAAUGCGGACCUUAUCGAGCAUCUGGUGAAGAGUGUCCCAGACCUCGCGACACUCGAGAUGGAGACGUUCCAUCUCUACCACCUGGCGGCGUGCUGGGGGGGACGGACCACCGGUCCCAAAGCGGGCGCGGCGCCUCUCACCACCGGGCCUGUUAGUCCCACCGUCGAGGCGAAGGCGGCGGGUGGUGGUGGUUCCAUUCCUUCUUCGGCCCAGGAUGCCAAUGAAGCUGGCCCCUCGCUGAGCGACGGCUCCGUCAUUCGCGCGGCUGCGGCGCAGAUGGUCUUCGCGGCUCGCACCUCCAGGGACUUUAUCACCCCACAGGAGGUGGAAGACACCGAACACUGGACGGCUCUGGGUGUUUUAAUCGCGCUGGCGAACACGAAGAUACCGCAAGACCGGAUGCACUCGGACAAGGGUAGCGUCUGGGAAUUGGCGUAG